AUGCUGGAACAGAUCCCAGAAAACCAGAUAAUUCUCACGCAGAUGGGAGCCAAGAUUCAGAAAACCAAUGAACUUGCUGAAGAGAUUGCGAAACGGGCACUUGAAGCUGAAAUAUUAUAUGCUGAAUCCAAGUUAAAUACCGCCCGCAACCAGAUAGGUGGUAUUGAAAUCAUCGACCGUGCGGUACCGAGAAAAAUUCCCAGCCUUGGUCCACAAGAACCCCUAUUACCAACAAUUGAGGGGAGUUCUAAAUUUUCAGCACGGUUCCAAUUGGAAGAAGAACCUCAGUUCUUCUAUGACCUGUUUGGAAAAGAGCUGCUUGAGGGUAACGAGGUCUAUAACUAUCGCGAGCAGAAAGAGUUCGACCAGAAUGGUGAAUUGUAUGUUGGUUGGACAGGUCAGCUGGAUAGCGAAAGAUUCUCAGCACAGCUGGAUAGAACCGUCUUGACAGAAGACAGUUUCCGCGGUAGAUAUACCGAGUUUGCUAUCGGCGAUAGUAUGCGUUUCAAACCGUCUACAUUGUUCCCAAACCGCUACAUUCUCUACAAAACAGAGUUUGAUGGGCUUCGUUGGGAUAUCUCUUUCGCGCAGGAACGUCAUCUUUUCACGCUUAUCAAUUCGCGUAUCUCGAACCCUGUUCAGUUGACAGACGCAGCGGCGAACCUUGCACCGACUCUCGGACGUCGAAAUGGUUUGAAUGAAGACGCUGGCGUUCGCCAUAUUGAAAACGCACGACUGAUAGGCUUCCGAGCCCAAGGACUUUUGGGCGACAUCUUCCGCGUUGGGUUUACUUAUGUCAACCUUCAUAAAGAGCACCCCGAACGCGUUGAAAACCCACUCAUGGGUACUGUGGCAAAUACACCACCAGAGGUGAUCUCUGUUGUUUUCCGGGAUGACUCACCUGAAGACAAUCACCGUUCAGUUACCGUAUUUUCUGGCUACGAUGAAGCCAAACAUGGCGGAAAUACUCAAGGUGGUGUUGGUGCGGCUUUCAAAGGCAUGACAGCUACAAUCGUCACGCAGGAAUUAGAAGAUUUAACACCGGCAGACAUCGAAGAUGGUGUUGAACCUAAAGCGCAACCCACACAAACCCAAAAGAUUGAUAUCUUCUCCAGCGAUGUCACUCCGAUUGAUGUAGGCGGACUUCCGUCUGAUAUUCGUGAAUCCGGGGAUUGGGCAAUUGUGGACGGCUUCAAUAAAAUGAAGUAUGAUCUCGUUUUUGCCGACCAUGAUAUUGAUCCGCGGACUGUUCAAUCGGUCAUUUUUGAUAUGGUCGUAGCCGGUGAUUAUAACAUUGCUGUUAUUGGAUUCAGUGAUGCUAACAAGGCUGCUGAAGGGGCAGAUCCGUUUGUUGAAGAGUGGAUCAAAACCGAAGAUGGGCACAUUGAAAUGCCAUACCGCGAUGUUAUUCAAGCACCCGGUAACUAUGGACAAUCCUCGGAUUACAUUAGUAACCGCUCGAAUCUCGUCGAUAAUCCGAGUCAAUGGACAGGUGAAGGCAGACCGCGUAAAGUCCGUUAUCAUUACGGCGCGGCACGCGCGGCACUCCUCUACGGGCUUGACUUAGAAGGUAGUGUCGGUAAUGUUUUCGUUCGUGCACAUUAUUCCAUUAACGGUAAGUAUAAGCAGUAUCCGACGAUCCCCAAAGAUCAGAUUGGAUUUAGUAGACUUAAGACAACUAUUAUAGGUGAGGAUGGCGAGGAAGAAACCGGCGUCUCCAUCGAUCCAGCAACAGGCUUACCAUUAGAUCGGAACGGUAUACCCACCUAUUCGGAGACCGAGGGUGAGCGAUUUGAAGCCAGGUUGGGUGGUGAGGGAACCGACGAAAGCGGCGAUGGAGAAAUGGGAAGAGAAACCGCAUGGUUCGUCCAACUCAAUCUCGCUUUGGAAGUUGUACCUUGA